ACUGAGCCGUAACACACCUGGCGCUCAGUUGGGAGCAGUGCGGCCAGCGAACAACAACGAGAACUCGGUACGCGAUUUGAAUUCCUAUCUAAAUCGGGUCUUCGAUGCAAAUCGGGCCAGAACUGUAUUCUUGGCAACACGGAAAGAGUUAGGAGAGUUAGCCAGAGGCCAGAGCAAGGGAGAGAUAGAGAGAGAGUUGAAGUGAGAGUGAGAGAUAGAUAGAGAUCUGGCCGGCAUCGGUUUUGUGGCAGCUGCAAUAUCGCUGAUGCUGCAGUUGCAACUCGUACGCGUCGCUUGCAACAUCGCAAUAUCGCAUCGCUUGUUUCGAUUUCAGUGCGGUAGCAAUUGUGGUUAGUUUCCAAGUAUUCGUGUUUCGUGUGGGAAAAUGCGAAAAAUUAUCCGGCUUCGGGUGUUUUUUGCUGUGACCAUUAAAACGUUUUGUCGCUUGUAAUUGUGCGGCAGCUGCUUUUAUUUUGCCUUUAAAAGAGCAGUUAACAGUGCAACAGGUGCGUGAACCGAACCGAAUCGAACCGAAACAAGUUACGGCCAAAACAAAAAGUAUCUAAGCCGUAUAAUCAUUAAAAGUGCAUUAGACAACCUGCUGCCAACGUCAGACAUAUGUACUUUUUUAUUUUAAAAUCAUUCCUGGAUCCCCGGGAGAUGGAAAUUCUAAGGCCUUUCAUCAGUCUAGCCGUCAGCCCGUCAACCCGUCACUCAGCCACUCAUUCACUUUGUCAGUUUUAAUGCACCUGCAAUGACUUGUUAAAAAAAAAAUUUGUCGAGAGAUGCCCCUUAAUGUUUCUCGGACCUCGGACCACAGCCAGCCGCCUUUGGAGUCAUUAAAGAGAAACAAUUUCGCACUAAAAAGUCAACCCACGUCAGGUUGCUAAAGUGCUUUAUAAGACCAACAACCCAUAAAGUGAUCUCCAAGCGAGUCUCAAAAAAAAAAUACAAAUAAAAAACACACGCAUUCGGUAUAUGAUAAUAAUAAAAUCUGGCAGAAAAAAAGGCAUUUGACUUUUGGCCAGUUGGAGUUAUUUCGCAGCUGCAACGCCAACGCGAAAUUCUUGGCCACGAUAUUUGGUUUAUUAGUUCUGUCGCUUUGGUGUGGGCUGCUUGGGAAUAACUUGAGAUUUUAGGCCAGUUCUAACCUUGGAAUUGUGGUAUUAGCAUGGUAUGGUAGUUAACUUCUUAGUUUUCAAAUUUUAUGGCCCUCCUUUGUUGGUAGAUUCCAGAAAUUCCAAGAACGUGGCUCGUAGCCAUAACUCAUCGAGAGUAUCCUUUUUGAUUUCUCAUAUAUGUAGUGUCCAUGUCACGAACGUGCCUUUAAUUUCCUUAAUAGAUAUUUGAAACUGCUCAUCAAUCUGACGUAAAACAAAUGUUAGCCAUUAGAGGCAUGUUCUGCAUAAAUGAAGCAUGAGUAAAUGGUGGCACAACAACGGCAUGCGGCAUCGGUAUCUGAACUGAGCUGGGCUGGGACGAAUGCAGUCAAGGCGCCCUUAAUUAACAUGCAACUGGCAACGUUUCGCGUAAACAAAAAUAACAAAAGCAAUAGCAGCCAAUAGCCAAUAACAACAGCAACAAACCACGACAAGUUAAACGACAACGACAAGCGUUAAAAAAGUGCAAUCCGUAGGAAAAAGACCUCGUUUUCCAGCCAGAAGGUGACGAAGACGACGAGCAGUCUAAGUUUUGCCAAUCAGUCAGCUAAUGAUGCUGCUGCACCAGCCAGAUGCAACUGGGGAUUCGCCCUAAAGCUGCUAAUUAAAGUCCGAGGAAAGGGGAAGCAAAUUGCAACAUCAGCAAUAUCAGCAGCAGCAGCAACAUCGGCAGCAACAACAUCAGCAAUCAGCAAUUACUGCAGCAACAGCAAUUGAGACGGAGCCAUAAAAAGUAUAUAUAAUGUCGCUGGUUUUGCGAAGUCAACGCGCCUUCAUUGAGGAAAAUGCUCGUCCAUCGUCUGGCGGCGGCAGUGGCGGUCCCGGUCCCUCGUCCUCCUCCGCGACCCCGGCGGGAAUGAGUCGCUCGGUGCGCAGUUGCAGCUGCUGCCCCUAUGGCUACCACAUCGACCUGGACUUUGUGCGCUACUGCGAGGCUCUGGCCCAGGCCAAGCCCAGCGAGGAGGAGCAGCGGCGCAGGGAUCGCCGGCGUUCCCGAAAGUCCAUGGAGUUUAUGCUGGGAUUCGAGAGCCUCUUUGGGGGUGACUGGCAGGCGGAGUCGCGGGUCCAAGGCAAACUAACAGAGGCCGCACAUGAAAGCGAACCGGACUCGCCACGCCCCCUAAACCAAGCGAAUCUGUCACCGUCACAGUCACAGUAUAACACCACACCCUGCUACCGACCGCGAUCGUCGUCCGUGCCGCGCUUCACUUACGGCAGCAUACCGCCCCGAUCGGAGUCCCCCUUUGGCACCGCUUCCUCCACCUGCUCCUCGCUAAGGGGCGGAGUGGAGAGUGACGCCGGUGUCUAUCAAAGGCGUGCCCCGGCGAUCAGUCCGCCGGAGACACGGGCCUUCCUCUCAGAAGCUCUCGACGAGGUGUGCAGCGAUUUUGAACGGACUUUGGAACGAACCUCGGUCAAAAGGCGGAAGAAUCCCUACAAUGGUUCCAUGUCCAUGGAUCGGAAUAAUAACAAACUCAGUUUGAGUUUCAAUAAUGGAUAUGGUUCGAAGGAUACCCGGAACAAUAAUCGUUUUGGUAACAGCACGUGGGACCGAUUCUUUGAAGUGACAGAUUCCUGUUUUGCGGGAAACCGAUCGCCCACGGGCUCACCGAGUACCCCCUUUAUGCGCUCCAAGACACUGCCCCUGCAGCAGCGCCCCAGCCCGGCCGAAGUGCAAUACGAGAGCUAUGUCCAGGCCGCGGUGGCUGCCAAUGCCAAGUCACCGGUGGAGCAGCUGGAAUCGCCAAAUGCUGCUGUUGGAGCCACACCGCCGCCACCUCCUCCCCGACGUCAUCAUAUUCUGGCCAGCACACCCACCUCUGCCAUUACGCCCAAGGAUGAAGGCCAGCCGGAAACUGCUUCCAUGAGUGGUAGCAGCUCCUUGCAGUCACCAGUUAACUCGGAAGCGGGUCACCCAUCCAAGGAUGCCCAGGCUCUGUUCCAGAUACGCGAGCAAAUGGCCUUGAGCCUGAAGCGAUUGAAGGAUCUGGAGGCGCAAGUCAAAGUCAUACCAGAUAUGGAGCGUGAACUCAAUUCCUUGAGGGCCGAAAAACAGCUACUGGUACGCAAAAACGAGGAGUUACUCCGUGGCCAACGACAGACGCCCUCACCGCCCAGUCCGGGCAUAAAAACUGCUUCGCCCGUGCAGUUUACUCCGCAAAGGAUUAGUCCAGUUUCGCUGGAGAGCCUUGGAGCUCGGAUACGCAGUACUUCCACCUCUGCCUCACCCUCGCCCAGUGUGGUCCGGCGCGAUGUGUCCACCCAGGUACGACCGCCUGCCACCAGAGAUGUGAACACUGGCUUCGCCCCUGUCACCCGGAAUGUUGGAACUCAGCCAUCCGAAGAAGUCUACUCCAAGAAGGAACUGGAAAAGAAAGUGGAGCAGGCUCUGAUCCAGGCGGAGAAGGUAAAGCAGAGAAAGCUUAUCACGGUGGGCACUCAGAUGUAUGUGCCGAAGCGUGAACAGCGCGACUACGGCGUUCAAACUCAGCCGGAGAGACCCAAGCUGACGUACAACGUGGGCGUAUCCGCCAAACCCGCUACCAGAGAGAACUUCACCAGCUGCAAGCCGGAUGUACGCAGUGUGGGCAGCUCCGAGGAUUGCGUAGACGAUAAGCUGUGUGCCAAGUGUGGCGUAACCAAGAAAAGCAUAGGAUGCGGCCCGGAUACCCCGCCGGAGAAGACGAAACCAGCAACUCCUCAAAUGCCCGGCCGGAGCAACACCUUCAGUUUGGGCGAGAACGAAGCUCUGUCCAUUGUGAGGAAGACAAUAGGAUGUCAGACUCCCGCGACGCUGGUGCACAGUUCUGGAAGUCAGACCGCCGCCACAGCAGUACGCUCCAUGGGUGCCCAGGUGAAUCCCCAGCAACAACACACGGGGAUUCAGUGCGGAACGGAGCAGGUGUCGCGGCAGACGGAUACUAAAGGACUGCAACGUCUGAGCCGAAGCCACACGAAGGGAGAGCAGGUGGCCGAGUCUGUGCCACCUCCCACCACCCGCCACGCAUCCUGCAAUACGGACAAGAUCAAGGAGCCAGAGCCGGUAAAGCCACCGACCACCACCCACUCUGCUUGCAACACGGAGGAGGUCCGGAAACGGGAUGUGGGUUGUGGCGACAUCGUCAAGCCGCACAUUUCGAUAGCCUGUGCGGCCAACUACUGUGAUUCCUGCAAGGAGGCCAUCCAGGAGCUGGCCAAAGACUUCUCCAAGGCCAGUCCCCCUACCCCGGUGGCAGGGCGUCGUUCCACAUCAGCAGACUCGCGGAUUCCCCGGCCCAAGCACCUCACCAGUCCCAGCCCCGUGAGGCGGGAGUUUAAACGGCAGAACACCUACACCCUGGCCACGCCCUCUCCGACGCCCAGUCCAAAGGUGGAGCGAAAGGCAAAAAUGAGCACCCUGCAGGAGAAGCCGCCCAGUGUGUCCAGUUUCCAGACAGCAGAUCCCCAGGCCGAGUCCCAGAGCUUCAUCAGUCAGCCUCAAAAGGAAUCCCUGGACCUCAGCCAAAUCGGGGACGAUGAGUUAAUUGUGCGCGAGGAGAAGAGGGUCAGUAUUAGCUGGUCGCGGGAUGCAUCGCCCGCACCACUGAUGACCUCCUCGGGCACCGCCAAGUCAGAAUCCCCUGACCAAGACCUGUUACUGAGCACAUCCAGCGACUCUGGCAGUCCGCCAAUCGAUGUCCAGAUAUCCCAAGGGGCCCGUAAAAAGUCCAGCACGCCACUCAAGUCUAGUCAGAGCGAUGGCUCCCAGGUGACGGUGAUUGAACGGCCGGCCACCAAGGCCCAGCUCCAUCAAUUAGCCCAGGCGGACUCGGAGCCAAGGAAAAAAUCUGAGCUGCCCAAGGAAAUGAAGGACGCCCUCAAGUCCAUCAAUGAUUCGCUGCUGAAGAAACUGGGCGCCAAGCCCAUUUGCUCGCUAAGCCUGAAACCGGCUAAGAACAUCAUCCAGGAUCAUUGGUUCAAGAUCUCCAGUACCCUGGCAGCGGAUCCCCGUGAAGUGGAGGAUUAUCUGGAUUACUUCGAGUCCCUUUCCGUCCCAUUGCUGGAGUAUUGUGUGAACCUGUCUGACAAAAAUGGAAACACCGCCAUGCACUAUGCCGUCUCGCAUGCCAACUUCGAUGUUGUAUCCAUUCUGCUGGAUUCCAAAGUUUGCGAUGUAAACAUGACGAAUAACGCCGGAUACACAUGCGUGAUGUUGGUGUCGCUGGCCAAGCUGAAGCAGCCCGCCCAUCGAACAGUCGUCCAGCGACUCUUCAAGAUGGCCGACGUCAACUUGCGCGCCAAGAAGCACUGCCAGACCGCUUUGAUGCUCGCUGUGUCGCAUGGUAAUGCUGACAUGGUUUGUCUGCUCCUGGAAGCCGGAGCGGACAUCAAUAUCCAGGACGAGGAUGGUAGUACGGCACUGAUGUGUGCCGCCGAGCACGGACGAGUGGAUGUUAUCAAGCACCUUCUGUCACAUCCCGAUUGUGAUUCCUUGAUAACUGAUGUGGAUAACAGCACAGCUUUCAAGAUCGCCUGGCAGGCUGGACACCGGGACGUCGGACUGCUCCUUUAUGUCCACGAGCAGAUGCUCCGGAGCAAGAUGCCGAACCGUGGCGAUCCCCUGAGGACCUCUUUGCGUGCCGGAAACUUGCAGAAGAGGAUGCCAUCGGAGUAGAGGAGUGCCAUUUCGUUACAUUGUAUUAGCGGCCAAAAUGUCGAACAAAAACACUUAGAUCCUAAGCUCAAAAUAGCAUUUUUUCGUAGGGCUGCCAAAAAACAUUCCACAACGCAGAAAAGCACACAAUUGCAGCUUCGAUUUUUAGGGAUACUGUA